AUGCCGUUGCGCAUAACCACCUGGAAUGUGAACGGCAUUCGCAACCCAUUUGGCUAUCAUCCAUGGUGCGACAAGCGCACUUUCGACGCCAUGUUCGACAUUCUCGAAGCAGACAUCGUUGUGAUGCAGGAACUAAAAAUCCAACGCAAAGAUCUGCGAGACGACAUGGUGCUGGUGCCGGGCUGGGACUGCUACUUCAGCUUGCCUAAACACAAAAAAGGCUAUUCGGGUGUCGCAAUUUACACUCGCCAGUCCGUGUGCGCGCCAAUCCGUGCAGAGGAAGGCAUUCUCGGUGUUUUAUGCCCGCCCAAUUCUUCAAUCCCAUACUGUGACCUUCCAGCCGAUCAACACAUAGGCGGAUAUCCAACCGAAGAGCAGCUGGAAAAGAUCGAGGUUGACCCAGGCAUGCUCGACGCAGAGGGACGUUGUGUGGUCCUAGAAUUUCCGGCUUUCGUCAUUUUCGGUGUCUACAGCCCAGCAAACAGUUCUGGAUUACGAGAUGAUUUUCGUUAUGGCUUCUUGGUUGCGCUUGAAACCCGAAUCAGGAACCUCACUGCUUUGGGAAAGCGGGUUAUUUUGACCGGAGAUCUCAACGUUUCCCGUGCGGAGAUAGACACUGCGAGAGCAGAUGAGAUGAUGAAGAAAGAAGGUGUCGCACAUGCCGAAUACAUCUCGUUUCCCAAUCGGCGAGUUUUCAACCAGUUGUUGAAAGACGGCGAGGUGGUGGAGCCUCGUGAUGAGGGAAGAGAAGAGCCUGUGCUAUGGGACACGUGCAGAGGCCUUCACCCAAAGCGGACGGGAAUGUACACUCAUUGGGAGCAGAAGAUCAAUGCCAGACCCGGAAACUUUGGGUCGCGGAUCGACUAUGUGCUCUGCAGCAUCACCAUGAAAGACUGGAUAAGCGAGGCCAAUAUUCAAGAAGGGUUAAUGGGCUCUGACCAUUGUCCCGUCUACGCCACACUGAAAGACAAAGUGUUGAACAAUGGUCAAGAGAUUGCUUUGCUUGAUAUCAUGAACCCGCCCGGGAUGUUCGAGAACGGAAAGAGGCUUCGGAGCUAUGAUGGAAAAGGCUGUCCUGCAUUCUGCGGGAAACUCUUGCCAGAAUUCAGCAAAAGGAGAAACAUAAAAGACAUGUUCAAGAACCCAUCCUCUACUAAGAAUUCCCCGACCACUAGCGGCAGUCCACGCACAGAAGCCAGCACAGUGAAACCAAGUUCGCAGGAACUGCAGCCUUCGCAAGAAAGUUCAGCAUCAUCAUCAUCUCAGGAGCUGAAUAGCGGAUCUCAAUCGCAAGUCGAACCUAACGGCAACGGCUCACAAGGCCAGGUAAGCCCAAAGACAAAGAGACCCGCAAGUGGCCCGAUAAACACGAAGACAGCCAAGCGUAGCAAGAUGUUUGCACCUGCGUCUGCUCCCAAGGCUCCAGUGAAAGGACAGCAGAUGUUAACAGGGUUCUUCAAACCCAAGACGAGCGCACCGCCUGAGCAGAAUCACAGCACAGACGCCCAGAACUCACAACCACCGACUACAACAUUGUCGCAACAGAGCCGAGCUUCGAAUCUUUCCGCUGCAGUCAAUGGGUCCUCCGUUGACGGCAGCGUCGGAACACGAUCUCCAUCCACCUCAGAGCAGAAACGCCCCGAUACCACCCUUGCACCAAAAGAAACAGUGGGUCAGAGAGCGACACGAAGUCCGUCAACUCGCGACAAAAGCCCCGAGAUAAUCGACCCCAUUGUCUCGAAAGAGUCCUGGUCGAAGCUUUUCACAAAGCGCGCGCCUCCGCGGUGCGAAGGCCACGAGGAGCCGUGCAUCAGCCUCACGACGAAGAAACCCGGCAUCAAUUGCGGGAGAGCGUUUUGGAUGUGCUCGAGGCCUGUGGGCCCCAGUGGCAACAAGGAGAAAAACACGGAGUGGCGGUGCCGAACAUUCAUUUGGGCGAGCGACUGGAAUGGUGGGACGGGUGCUUGA